AUAACAACUUGCGACGUCCAUCGUGACCGGUGUUUUAAAAACAUUUUUUGACGCGAUAAACAGGUGAUGGCAGACCUUGGACUGAAGGAGGGGAACAGGGUGCUGCUGAUAUGGACUCAGCCAUCAUCUCCCUCUGCACUCAAGGAGUUAGCUGAAACUAUUGGCUCUAUUGUUGGUAACCAGAGUCUGGUGUCUUUGGAGAACAUGGAGAGACUACAACUUUCUUCUAAUGCAGCUUCAAGUUAUGACUGGGUUCUCUCAGGCCUUCUGGCUGAUAGCUCACCAAUCCACAGUUCUGAAAUGCUGGCUGAGAUCGCCAGAGUGAUGAAACCUGGAGGGAAACUUGUGCUAGAAGAGCCAGUAACAGGUUCUGAAGACAGUAGUGUGAGGACCGCUGGGAAACUGAUGUCAGCUCUUAAACUGUGUGGAUUAAUGUCUGUCACAGAGGUGAAGAUGGAGCCGCUGAGCCCAGAAGCAGCCGCAGCUCUGAGAGAGCGCUCAGGGUUCCAGGGAAACACGCUUUCAAGGGUGCGAAUGUCAGCAUCUAAACCUAACUUUGAGGUCGGAUCCUCGACGCAACUGAAACUUUCCUUUGGCAAGAAAACAACUACGACAGAGAAACCCGCUCUUGAUCCAAACACUGCACAAAAGUGGACUCUAUCUGCCAAUGAUAUUGAUGACGAUGAUGUGGAUUUGGUGGAUUCAGAUGCACUUUUAGAUGCUGAUGAUCUGAAGAAGCCUGACCCGUCCUCCCUCAAGGCUUCCUGUGGAGAUGACUCCAAAAAGAAGAAAAAAGCCUGCAAAAACUGCACUUGUGGUCUUGCUGAUGAAUUGGAACAGGAGAGUAAAGCCGCUCAGAAAGCCAGCCAGCCCAAAUCAGCCUGUGGAAGUUGUUAUCUGGGCGAUGCCUUCCGAUGUGCCAGCUGUCCAUAUAUAGGCAUGCCUGCCUUCAAACCUGGAGAGAAGGUUCUGCUGGCCAACACUGAUAUAGCCGAUGCAUAGACACUAGAUAAUUGAGACAUUAUUACAUUCCGUUAUGAUUCUGCAACAUCAAGGCCCAGAUUACAUUUCCAUCUGUGUAAUCAACAGGGACACCGUUCACAGAGUGUCAUUUCUGUCAAUUGAAUGGUUCGGUUGUAAACAUCUCUUACCAUCAGAUUUGUAGUAUUUAAAUAUGUCAAAUAGUAUUCACAGAGAUCACUGUGUUGAAAAUAUGAAUCUCUGGAUGAUAUCGCAUCUUCAUGUAUAAGCAAAGAAAGUCUGUUUUGAGUAAAAUUUGUUUUAUUUGAAAAUCCAAAGCAGUUUGCCUUCUGUAUAGUGUAAUGUGAUUAUUUUAAGCUAAACUGAUAUGCUUAAUAAAAUUUGUUAAAAUAA